UAUUAUAUUAUAUGUUGCACAUCCUCCUCCACUAUCCCAUUUUGCUGCCUCAGCACCUUCACUUUCACAUUUGCGUGUCCAUUUUGCGCACUCCCUAACAGCAUCACCGUCCACUCUCUCUCUCUCCCUGUCUCUGUGACAAGCCACCCACGGCGGCGGCGCCGCCCCUUCCUCCGGCACUCAAAUAUCUAUAAUAUUGACGACCGACGGAAUCUCAAGAUAUUUUAUUCCCGACCUCUACUUAUACACCCCCACACUGAGAGUAACAUUCUUCUCCCUUCCUCCGCCAAUCAUCUCCACCGGCCGCCCCCGCACUGCCGUCUCCGCCGAUCUCCCCCGAUUUGCGAUUUCUCCGCCUGCAAGUGGCGGCUAGCUACCAUGGACCACCUCACUACGUUCUGCUGUUCUUCAGUGCUGCCUCUACUCUCAGGUUUGGUGUUACUUCCUGCGAUGGUUGCUUCUAUGGGCAUCAACUACGGCCUGAUCGCCAACAACUUGCCGCAACCAAGCGACGUCCUUCCGCUGGUCCGAGCGAUCGGCGCCACGAAGGUGAAGCUCUACGACGCUGACCCCCAAGUCCUCCACGCGUUUGCGAAUUCGGGCGUCGAGUUCAUAGUGGGGGUCAGAAACGAGUACUUAUCCAAGAUGCGAGAUCCGGACGCAGCUCAGGCCUGGAUCAAAUCCAACCUUCAGCCUUACUUGCCAGCUACUAAUAUCACUUGCAUCACUGUCGGGAACGAGAUCUUGACCUUCAACGACACUUCCCUCAGCGAUAGCCUCCUUCCCGCUAUGGAAGGCGUGCACAAAGCUUUGGUUAAUCUGCGGUUAGACAAGCAGGUCUGUGUUACAACUGCGCACUCGCUAGCGAUUCUCGAGACCUCUUAUCCGCCGUCCGCCGGCGCUUUCCGGCAAGAUCUGAGCCAAUACAUUUCGCCUAUUUUGAGCUUCCUCCAAAAAUCUGGAUCGCCGUUCCUGAUUAACGCUUAUCCUUACUUCGCUUACAAGGGGAGUCCGAAGCAGAUUUCAAUAGAUUUCGUUCUUUUUCAACCGAAUCAAGGAGUUGUAGAUCCAGGCACGAAUCUGCAUUACGACAACAUGUUGUUCGCGCAGAUCGACGCCGUUUAUACUGCUCUAGCCUCGCUGGGGUACGGUAAGCUUUCCGUGCAUAUCUCAGAGACGGGAUGGCCGUCGAAGGGCGAUGAGGACGAGGUCGGAGCGACGCUGGAGAAUGCAAAGAAGUACAACGGGAAUCUAAUGAAGCUGAUUGCUCAGAAGAAAGGGACGCCGUCAAGGCCGAGCUCCGAUUUGAACAUUUACGUUUUUGCGCUGUUCAAUGAGAACAUGAAACCGGGACCGACUUCGGAAAGGAAUUACGGGCUGUUUAAGCCCGACGGAACGCCCGCGUAUCAGCUCGCACUCAACGGAAGUACCGGCGGGAGUAGCGGAAGUACCGUCUCCCCGCCGUUGCAGGAGUCGCCGCCGGCUAGCUCCUCCACGGGUUAUUUGUCAAUUUCUUUUGCCACGGAGAGAUUUCAUUCGAUGAGCCUCGUCUUGUUUCCAUGCCUGAGCUGGAUUACACUGUUCUUCUUCCAGAGCGGUGUAAACAAAUAUUAAAUUUGAAAAUUCGUAGGGCAUCAAAUUACACUGUUCCUCUCUCGUAUCGGAUAAGCCAUAGGUAGCCGCAGAGAGAUUGAAGGAGGGAGGGAGGGAGAUUGGGAGAAAGGAAGAGAGGAAAGGAAAGGCCAUAUAGAUAAUUCUCUUGUCUUUGCUUGUACGCGACCAUUUCUGCACAUCCACCCACAUCACUACUCUUUUGUAGUUAUUCAAUCUCUAAUCAACACUGAUCGUUGAAGGGUGUAGGCAGGGGUAGGUUCCUCAAUUCCGCUGAAAGCACAAAAAUUAUGGGCGUCACUUUUCUCCUUUUGGGUUGUCACCCAACCAUUGCUUGCUGCUUUCUUCCCUUUUGAUUUUAUAUUUUCUAUAUAUGCUGCUUUUUAUGGCAGUUAGGGGUGCUAUGUGGUAGACCACAUAUGCAUUGAUCAGGUAUGAUUGUAUCCCAUUUGUUCCUUAGGGUAGCGACAAUAAGAAUAUUAUUCUAUUCCA